AACUUCUGUAUAUUAUUGAUAAAAUAUAUUGUGAAGUGAAACAUUAGCGUUAACUGUAACUUAUAGUUAAAUGAAAGACGAAACUUACUGAAGACUUUUGUGGAGGAACUUUUAGUAAACUCAUAAUGGAACGCUCGCGAUUAAAAACACCAAAAGAAAUUAGAGCGAGUAAAUUCGGCUUGCAUCGCGAUUUUAUUGAUGCAGGGUUUCACGAACCAUAUAUUUUAAGCGGGUACAGGAAACCAUAUAUUACAGCACUGGAUUGUAUGAAAAGUACUUUUGUUUUUUCAUGCAACGAAUCAUUCAAUAUUCUUUCACACUUGAUUGCAUUUUCUUAUCUUGCUGCUAAAUAUGGAUAUGUUUUCACGAGCGAGUUAUCAUUACGUGAGCCGUUACACUGGCCUUUGUUUUCGUUAGCCGUUGGAAUGGCUGGUUUUUGCUUGAUGAGUGCUCUUGCCCAUAUGUUUAAUGCAAUGUCUCCACAGGCGAGGAACCGAUGUUUUUUCUUAGAUUAUGCUGCAAUAAGCAUCUACACAGUUGGGGCUGGACAAUCAUUUUAUUUUUACGUACGGCCAUUGAAUGCCUUAUCGACUUUAUUCGACUCGCCUAACCAGUUUCUUUAUAUAUCCAUAGCAACUUCGUUUUUAUCAACAACGUUAUGCUGCGCCUCAAGGACAAAAUGGCAUUCAGUGAAAUACAUAAUUCGCACGUUGGCAUAUGUUCUACCGUUUUUUGUAAACUCGUUCCCAUACUUUUAUAGAUUGUUUACAUGCGACAAUGAAAUUGAUUGCGAUACAACGUACUGGCCGUUGUACUUAAAACACGGCUUGUACCAUCUCUUGUCAGCCAUAGCUAACGUGACUAAAUUUCCGGAGCGGUUUAUUCCUGGUAAAUUCGACGCACUUGGUCAAAGCCACCAUCUUAUGCAUGUUCUUUUACCAAUUGGUUGCGAUUUAAAGUUUGAAUUCUUGAAGCACGAAAUGCUGCUACGAAAAGAGCAUUUGACUCAGCAUAAUAUACAACCAGAUGCGUACAACACUCUUUUGUUAAUGUUGGUCAGCAUUGUGGUUAAUGUUGGAAUUGCUCUAUUUAUCAAUGCUAGCCCUCCUGAAAAGAAGUUAAAAAAGAAAUAGAGCGUACCAAAAAAACUCCAAGAAAACUGCGUUAACUAUCUAGUCACUAAGUUAUAGUGGGAAAAGUUGUAAGAACUAAUAUAUAUCUGUAGUUAUACCCAGUUGUACCUAGGUUAUCUUAACGCUUAAUUAACUUGUUUUAAAAUAACGAAUUAAAACAAAAAAUAGCUGUCAAAAGA